CCCCCCCCCAGCGCCCCGACCGCUCUAUGCGCAGCUCGGCCCGAGGCCCCCGCAUGGCUCCCUGCCCCUGAGCAGGGCCAUGGAGGAGCAGGAGCGGGGCCAGUGCUGCCCGGGGGCUGGCGGGGGGCACCGGGCCCGCGCCCCCGAGAGCGAGAUCCAGGAGGCCGUGCAGUUCAAGGUGGACGGAAACCGCUGCUACAAGGAGAGGAAGUUCCGGGAGGCCAUCGGGAAAUACCACCGGGCCCUGCUGCAGCUCAAGGGGGUGCAGGGCCGGGCCGGGGCGGCCAGCCUGGAGCAGAACCUGCUGGACCCACCGUGCUGCCCACUCACCGAGGAGCAACUGCGGCUGGUGGAGAGCACCGAGGUGGAGUGUUACGACAGCUUGACGGCCUGCCUGCUGCAGUCCGAGCUGGUGAACUACGAGCGGGUGCGCGAAUACUGCCUGAAAGUGCUGGAGAAACAGCGCAGCAACUUCAAAGCCACGUACCGGGCGGGCGUCGCCUGCUACCACCUGGGGGACUUCGGCCGCGCCCUCCGCUACCUGCGGGAGGCCCAGAGCCGCGAGCCCGCCGACACCAACGUGCUGCGCUACAUCCAGCUGACGGAGCUGAAGAUGCUGCGGGGGGGCCAGCGGCCCGGCUACCAGGAGCUGAUCGCGUAGGGCCGGGGCUCCCCCCCCGGCCGGCCGAGCCCCCAGCC